AUGAGGACAAAACUGUUAUUAGAGUGUAUUGACAUACCGAAUCAACAAACUAAUAUUCAUUUUAAUAAGAAUUAUAAUGAUAUCAAUGAUAUUGAUGGUGGGAGUGCUGACCAAGGCACGUCUAUUAGCAUAGUGAAUCAAACUAUUCAUUGCUUAUUUAAAGACAGGAUAUCCAAACAUAGCUUCUAUGAGAAGCAACAAUUCAAUAACGGUACUGUUAAUGAUUUUGAAGUUUAUGGUAUAGCGUGUGGUUCGUCAAUUGGAUUAGAAUCAUAUAUGACGAUCCUCCAAUCGAAUCUUACUGAAUUCGAUCAAUUACUUGAAUACUUGAACUUGAUUUUGAACGGGUCAAGGGAGAUUGAAAUAGCCCAAGUAAUCAAUUUACUUAUUAUUGAUAAUAUAUCAAUAUAUUAUUGGAAAUUAAAGUCUGGAAAUACCAAUACUACUCAUGUAUAUGCUACAUUUUAUGAUUUAUUGAAUCAGAUCAAAUCAAAGUACAAAUGUAAUGUGUUAAUAACGUCGUUUGAUGUUAGGUUUGAUAAAGGAUUUAACUGUAAUUGGACUAAAUCGAUUGAAGUUAGUAAACUCAAUAGUUUGAGUUAUUUGCCUGCUACAUAUUUAACAAAAUUUGAUUUCAUUAUUCAUGUUGAUACUACUGUCAAUAAACCUACAAAUGAUUCAACUUCAACCACUGCAACUACCACUUAUAGAUACUUUAAUAAAGUAUCCAACAAUUGGAUAAAUCUACAAUAG